AUGACAUCUCCCUCCACACGCCGCCUCCUCAAAGAAUCCAGUGACCUCCACAAAAGCCCCUCACCCUACUUCACCGCACACCCAACAACGGACAAUCUGCACGACUGGCACUUCACUCUCGCCGGCCCUCCCAGCCCAACCCCGUACGCGACUGGCCUCUACCACGGCCGCAUCACUUUCCCGCCCACCUACCCCCUGCGCCCCCCGUCCUUCCGCUUCCUCACCCCCUCUGGCCGCUUCGAGGUCAACCGCGAGAUCUGCCUCAGCAUUUCAGGGCACCACGAGGAAACAUGGCAGCCCGCAUGGGGUGUGCGCACCGCGCUGCUCGCCAUCCGCUCUGAGAUCAUGGGCGCCGAGGCGAAAGGCCAAGUCGGCGGCAUGGAGGGCAGUCCCGAGGUGCGCCGCGAGUAUGCGCGGCUAAGCCGCAGCUGGACAUGUCGCGAGUGCGGCGGUUCGAACCACGAGGCCAUGCAGCGCUGGUGGGAUUUGUGUCGAGAGAAGGGCGUCGUAGUCGACGUUGAAGGCGUGGAGGACGGGUCUACUCCCGCGGCUGGUGGGGAGAAUGCGCAGGUUGCGGAUGCGGAUGCGAAUACCAAUCCAGAUACCCCCGCGCACAGUGCUACUGAGACUCAACAAUCCCCGGUCCAGGAGGUGCCAGUCGCUCCACCCCAAGCGCCAGUUGCUAUGAUUGUGAAUUCAGAACCCGUUGCGUCAAGUGCUUCGCCGGCGGCUGUAUCGACCUCCACACAAGCCGCAACAGCUCCAUCAGCCGCUCAGUCUGACGUCCGUCCGCGCCCAACACCAACAACUCGAAUCCCAGCUCCAACUACAGAUAUAUCACCAGAGCCGGCAAGCAGCGCCUGGCUUGACCGAAUCAUUGUUGGCAUUGUCAUCGCGCUGAUCCUGCUGAUUACGCGGCGGGUAGUUGGGGUCGACGACCUCUAG